CUCACGGCUGUUCCGCGAUCGAAGCUAGGGUUGUAGGCGAAGGAAAAGGGCGAGAGGAACCAUGGCUGCCAAGGCUUCGCUCAAAGGGAAAGGGAAGGCCGGGAAGGGGUCCAAGGGUUCGGAGGAGGGGUCGUCGGCGGCCAAGUGCGUGAAGGAGUGGAGCACUUGGGCGAUGAAGAAGGCCAAGGUGAUCACCCACUACGGCUUCAUCCCCCUCAUCAUCGUCAUCGGUAUGAACUCCGAGCCCAAACCCCAGCUCUAUCAGCUCCUCAGCCCCGUCUAACGUCUCCCCCUCGAACAUCGGCAAGUUUUGCAUUACGGGUGUACUGCUUGAAUUGGUUUUAUCUUCACUAUCUCUCUGAGACGUGAUAAUCGAUUUAAAGCUUAUAUGUAGGCUUACCGCAUAGUCCAUCCGUUUCUACUCAUGUGGUAUAUUGGAGCUUUUGACCUUGAUUUGAUGGUACAAUCUUCUGUGCUUCUCCAUUAGGAGAUGCGUUUAGUA